AUGGCGAAACAUAUAAUAGCGCUGUCUUUGCACGGCUUGGUGGUAACGGGGGCGGUUGCGUUAGCGCUUUGGGCGGCCGGCGUGAGUGCGGGCGCCGCUCGCUACGACACUGCGACGCCCUACGCGCCGCCCGCCGUAAAGUACAAGUACAUUCCGUUGCAUUCCAGUAGUGCAGUCGAAACACCUAAUGCAGAUGAACUGGAAGAUGAUACUUCAAGCUCGGGAAUGCCGACGUCCGAGUUAAUUCUGACCCUUUUCCGCACCGCCCUCGACGUGGUCAGAAAAAUUAACAAAAAUCGUUCUGCAGCAGCCUUGCAUACCACUGGCAGCAACAGUACCGCCGUCCAGUUGCGUCGCAAACAUGUUGGUAAUGGCACAUCAGACUCUGGAAGAGGUUUUGAAGAUUACUAUGACGAGCACCACUACCAUGAGACGACGACCACCGAGAAGCCUAUGAAGCAAGGAAGAUACACUGACCCCUGGGCUGGAUACUACGACUGGAUCAUUAACGAGGGCUCCUUCAAGUUCUGGAGCGUUUUCCAGCUCUUCACGGCAGCAGUUCUACUCUACGCGUGCUUGUCAGCUAUCUACUACGCCAAAUUCAACCCUAUUAUCCCGGAUUACAGUUUAGAAUACGACGACUAUUUCUUAGAGCGUAAAGCUAGAAGUAUAGACGCUUCACAGACUCCCUCAGGACUUAGUUGGAUAAAUCCGACAACGUUUCAGUUUGUUUUAGACGCGAUAUCAAAACAUUAUGGAGAACAAUAACGAAAGAUUGAAAUUAGCUUCUUAUAACCCUAAGAUAUCAUCGGUUGUUCAUGUUUAUUAAAAUUAAACCAUGUUGCCUAUACUUAGUCUCAAGUAACAACAUAAGUGACUGGAUUAAAAAGUAACGUAGUGUCGAUCUUUUAAAACUAUAAAUAACUCUAAAUACUAAAACUAAAGCAAGGAUAUAUAAACUCAUUUUUAAAUUCGUUGUUACGAAUGAGAGGAUCAGUUAAUUAUACCCAUAGCUAAGUUAAGCUUUUCAAGCUAAGUUAAGAAUUUAAAAGGGUAGGUACUUUAGAGGCCGUCAAACUUUAAAGGCCUCUUUUACGUCUCUACUUAGACCCAAUCCUUGGAUGUUAAAAUUUAAGUAAGUACAUACUUAAUAUUAUGUACAGUAAGCACCGUUUUAUAUAGGGAAACGACAGCAAUUAAUUGGUUAAUAUUUAUGAAUAGUCAAACGAUGUGAGCUUUUGUUACCCUAUAUACAACCGAUCCGAUUCCAUGGAACUUUAGUUAAAGAUCCCUGUGAUCAGAUCUUUUUAUCAUUACAAUUAAGUUUUAGUCAAUAAUUUUGUAAUUAAAGAAUUUUUUAGAUAAAUAAUUAAUACAUUAGUAAAUAAUAAUUCAAUGAUAUACCUAAGUAGUAUUUAAUUUAGUGUGUAGUAAAAAAUAUGCUCAAUUGUUUAGUUUUAAAUUGUUGUUGUGUUAAUUAACUUAAUUAAAAAAUCUCUGUAGGUAUUUUAUGUGUGCUCAGACCU